AAAUUAGACCGAACAGAAACUGAUUUAAGCGCCACUUUAAUUAUCGCAUGCUAUCAACUAACGGCAACGUAGCGAAUUUCUAUCAAAUGAAAAGCAGAAAUUAUGUGUUCUGUGGACAAGGGUGAGAUCUGGCGCCUGACCAGAGUCAUGGAUAAAGAAAUUUACGACCUUUCCAAUGUACAACGUCUCUGCUUGAAAUAUCUUUGUAUGCCGCCAGACAAAAAUUAAGGAUUACAUAUCUUAGCCUGCAUUAUAUUCUAUGAUUACAUGCACGUGCACGUUUGUUUUAUUACACCGUAAUUUAAAGUUUGUUCUAUUUUGUAAUGUUGGUUUUUAACAAAAUAAACACGAAAUCAAAUGGAAGAGAUUUAAUUUUCAAAUAUUUAUAAAAAUUAAUAUCAGCAGUAUAAUUUUUCAGAAAUGAGUAACGUUAUUUUAAAAGAGGCAUUUGAAGUUGAAUCCAAGCAUGGUGCAUUUUAUACAGGAGGAAAUGUUCAGUGGAGCAAAGAUGGUCAACAUAUAUUUUGUCAGAAGAAUGGUGUAGUUUCUAUAGUAUCAGUGAACAAAGGCAUAGUACUUUAUUAUUUGGGAGAAAGAAAUGAUGUUGAAGAGGAAGAUACGAUUAAUACGUUCACAGCAAGUGAUAAUGAUUUGAAUAUUAUUACACACCACAAAAGUGGUCUAUUCAAAUUAUGGAAUUGGAAAGAUAAUAAAUUAAUCAAAUUAUGGAAGUCUAUUCACAAAGGUCCAGUAGCUUGCAUUGCACACUUGAGCGAAAAGAAUUUAAUAGCUUCUGGAGGUAGUGAUGGUGCUGUGAGAUUAUGGGACUUGGAGCAUUACGCUUGCAUUCACAACCUGAGAGGAGUACAAGGAGUUGUUAGUGUGUUAAUUUUCCAUCCAAAUACUGAAAAAGACCUUAUCUUUGCUGCUGGCGAUGAUGCUAAAAUUCAUGGAUGGAACAUUAAAUCUGGUAUAGAAAAAAUUACCCUCUCUGGACACUUUAGUAAAGUUACAUCUUUAUCUUUUCUUAAAGAUGAGGAUUAUCUAGUUAGUUCAGGAAGAGAUAAAGUAUUAAUUCUAUGGGAUAUUUCUUCUGGAUCAUCAAUACGUAUUUUACCAGUUUAUGAGGAAAUAGAAGAUACAUUUAUCAUUCCUAAAAAUGCACAGUCGGCGGUUUUAUGUAAUAAGGAUGAAAGUGGUGUUUAUGUUGCUGGUGCAGGAGAAAAAGGUAUUGUCAAAAUUUGGGAAAUGAGAAGUGGUAAAGAAGUAUAUACCCAGAAAAAUUCUAUUGUGUCAGCAGCAAAAGAAGAAGGGAACUUUGCAAUUAUACAUUUGCUUUAUAACGAAAGUAGCAACAGUUUUGCUGUAAUUACCGUAGACCACAACAUAAUUAUUCAUUCAUUCGAAACAUUUGCGCAUGUAAAACAGUUAAUAGGUUACAGCGAUGAAAUUUUGGAUAUUGUAUAUUUCGGAAAUAAUGGAAGUCACAUAGCAGUUGCUACCAAUAGUUGUGAUAUAAAAUUAUAUAAUGUAUCAACUAUGGAUUGUGAACUAUUAUGUGGGCAUACAGAUAUUGUUUUAUCUCUUGCUGUAACAUCUGCUAAUGUCAAUCUACUUAUAUCAUCAGCAAAGGAUAAUAGCAUUCGCGUAUGGUGUAUGGAUAAAGAAACAACAAAAGUAUCUUGUGUUGCAUCUUCUGUUCGGCAUACUGCUCCAAUUGGUUCUGUUGCUAUUUCUCAAACAUCGUCUAAAUUCUUUGCUUCAGUCAGUCAAGAUUCUUGUCUUAAAUUAUGGAAUUUAUCGGAAAAUACUGAGCAUAAGGACACGUACAUUUUAAAUGUAAUUCAUACAGCAUUGGCUCAUGAAAAAGACAUUAAUUGUGUAACCAUAUCGCCAAAUGAUAAAUUAAUUGCUACUGGAUCACAAGAUAAAACAGCUAAACUGUGGUCAGCAGAUAAUUUGCAGUUGCUUGGAGUAUUUCGUGGACAUAAGAGAGGUGUAUGGUGUGUUCGAUUUUCGCCCAUAGACCAAGUACUUUUAACAACAUCAGCAGAUUGUACAGUGAAACUUUGGUCAUUGACAGAACUUCACUGUUUAAAAACACUCGAAGGUCAUGAAUCGUCCGUAUUAAAAGCAGAAUUUUUGAGCCGUGGAAUGCAAUUAAUUACAGCAAGCGGGGAUGGUCUGCUAAAACUUUGGAACAUUAAAACAUCAGAGUGUAUAUGUACUCUGGAACAACAUGAAAGUCGUGUAUGGGCACUUGCCGUUACUAAAGAUGAGAAACAUGUAAUUAGUGGUGGAAGCGAUUCAUUAUUAGUUAUUUGGAAAGAUGUAACCGAUGAAAGGAGAAUGAAGAAAGCAAUGGAAAUUGAGCAACUUGCAUUGGAAGAACAAAAAUUAGCAAAUUUACUUAAAGCAAGUAAAUUGACGUCUGCUUUAAACUUAGCUUUAAAAUUGGAUCGUCCUUUCAAAGUCCUAAAAAUUGUAGAAAAUAUUUUAAAGCAAGAUGCUUCUCAACUUGAACAAACGAUUCGUGAAUUGAAACCUAUUUACAAAGAAGAAUUACUGAAGUGUGCUGUGACGUGGAAUGCCAACAGUAAAAAUUGCCAAAUAGCUCAGCAGUUUGAUGUGCACAUGAUGUUACAAUUUAGGUAUUUGGAUAAAAGGUUAAAAUUUUCACAUAUUGUUCCAAACUUAAGUCAGAUACACGGCGGACAAUUUGCACAUGACUUAAUUUGGACGCCUAAUGUAUAUGUUUCCAAUGAACCCAGUUCAGCUAUAAUGGGAAAUGGUGUUAAAGACAUACUUAUUUCUAUAAGUCCAGCUGGCAUGGUUAUAUUAAAUACUAGGUUGCAAGCAACUCUUAACUGUGGGCUUCGUUUGGAGAAGUUUCCAUUUGAUGUACAAGAAUGUCCACUUAUUUUUGAAAGCUGGACACACAAUGUGCUUGACAUGGUAUUGUAUUGGGAUGACGAGCCAAUUGUACUUGCAGAUGAAUUACAUUUAACUGAAUACAAGCUUGUGGACAAAUGGGUUAAUAUGACAGAAACAUUUUAUACUACAUCGCAACAACAUUAUGGUCAUUUUGCUGGAAAUUUCAGUUCUCUUACUAUAACGUUUAAAUUAGCACGUGAAAUGGGAUUCUUUAUGAUGGACUAUUACAUACCAUCUAUAUUAAUCGUGGUGAUUUCUUGGGUUUCUUUCUGGUUGCAUAUGGAUGCAAGUCCGCCACGAAUAGUAUUAGGAACAAACACUAUUUUGACGUUUAUGACUCUUGCAUCAAAAGUCGAAAAUUCCUUACCAAAAGUUUCUUACAUAAAAGCCAGUGAAAUAUGGUUUCUAGGUUGUACUAUAUUUUUGUUUGCAGCAAUGGUAGAAUUUGCCUUUGUUAAUACAAUUUAUCGACGAAAGAAAAAUGUGCCAUUAAAAAAAGUUAAUAGUAAAUACAUAUUAAAAUCAACAUUAACGCCAAAACUAGCACGGAAACAAUUUCAGAAAAAUACUACAGGACUAGAAAGAUCUCGUUCUUGGUCAUCGCUUGAAAACACAACUAUUAGUGAUCAAGAUUAUUCAAGUCAAAAUUAUCUCACCGUACAUAGUUUUCCAAGUAAUCUCAAUAUUCCAUCUGUAAAAAUUGAGGAGGACAAAGACCAAGAAUGUUCAAGAAAAAGUAUUGCGACUAUUAGCAGUACACCGCUACCAAAACCAUUCCCGCGAAGAGCAACCCUUGCCCAUUUACAUAAUUUUACAACAAUGACGCCGCAAGAAAUUGCUCAGUGGAUCGAUAGACGCAGUAGAAUUGUAUUUCCUGUAGCUUUCAUCAUAUUUAACAUCCUUUAUUGGUCUUUUAUUUGGAUAUAAAAAUUUCAUAGUUAAAUUAAGUAUAUUUAAAGAGUAUCUAAGAAUUUAAAUUUUUUGAUUACAUGUAUAUUAUUAUUUAGUCGCUUUUUAUAUUAACGAUUUAUUUUUACGAUACAAAACAAUCUCAAAUACAUAAAUUAUUUUAGAAAAGAAAAUAAGAUCUUUUAGCACUAUACUAUCUGAUACCUUUUUCUUAAAAUACAGGAUGUCUCAUGCAAUUGGGACAAGCUCUAGCUUUAAAACGGUAAAAGACAGAAAAAAAUCGGUACUGGAAGUGGACAUAUUUUAAAGAUUUCAUUUUUUUUUU